AUGGAGACGGCGCUGGUGGGCCAGGUGCAGCGCUACCUGGACCUUUACGUGUACGACAACGCGCGUUUUCUAGCAGAGCGGCUCGUUGCACAUCAUCCGAGCGAGGAGAACGCGCUGCUACUAGCCUCGUGCUAUUAUCGCAAAGGCCAAGUGGAUCGAGCUGUGGAAGUGCUGAGUGGCGCGACGCGAGCUGAAAACCGCUAUCUAUUAGCACGCUGUUGCUUUCAGCAGAAUAAGCUGGUCGAGGCUGAGAACGCGUUGCUAGGAGGCGAGAAGUGCCACAUCGAUGAACUUGACGCAAUUGAGAACGUGCCAGCGGGCGCUGCUGGCCUGUAUUUGCUGGGCCGAGUCUGCAGACGUGGGAACAGGAGGCAACAGGCUGUGGCGUGCUUCAUAAAGAGUUUGGAGAUAGAUCCGUUCAUGUGGUCGGCUUACGAGGAACUGUGCGAGCUUGGAGCUAAUCUUGAGGCUUCCAGGUUUUUCGGCACGGCGAAUUACUUCCACAGCUCCGAAUCUCAAUUUGGCGACGAAGACGAUAACAAUGCUGAGGAUCGUCCUACAGACGAAUCAUUCGGGACCCCAGAGCCACCACCGUUUUUUGGCCUCGGCACGCCGAAAAAUGUGCUAUCCUCGGAACCUAACACAUCUAGGCCGUUGGCUUAUAAGACGCCGAAUGUAAACAACAACAACAACGGGAACGACAUCCACACUGCGACGGUUGUCAAGAAGCCACGAGUAGAAGACGUCGGAGCUCCUCUACGCCAGAGGAAAGCGUACCGACGACCUCUAGCGGACAGUGACGAAAAGUACCGACCUAAUGCAAGACUGUCGUUCUCUGCUGCCGCAUUCGACGAUUCUCCACUGAAUCCAUCAAAACUAUCGCUUGGCUCUCCAACAUCUCCAUUGCCCACUCGACGCCUUUACCAGGACAAGACACUGCUACUGCGGUUGCUCACCUCGUUUGGUUCUAUUUAUCAGAAAGUCAGCAUGUACAUGUGUGGCGAAGCUCUGGAGAUGCUGGAGCAGCUUCCCGCCUCCCAGCGUGCAUCCGGUUGGGCACAGCAGCAGAUCGGAAGAGCAUAUUUCGAAAUGGCCGACUACGUACAAGCACAAGAAGUUUUCUGUGCCUUACACAGAGCGGAGCCGCAUCGAAUGGAUGGUCUUGACUUGUACUCGACAACAUUGUGGCAUCUCAAGAAGGAGGUGGAGCUUUCGUAUCUCGCUCAACAAGCGACGGACUUUGAUAAAUUAUCGUGUGAAGCUUGGUGUGUGGCUGGAAACUGUUUCAGCUUGCAAAAGGAGCACGAUACAGCGUUAGCCUUCUUUCAGCGGGCAAUUCAACUGGACCCGUCGUUCACAUACGCGUACACACUGUCCGGUCACGAGUAUGUUGCCAAUGAGGAUUUUGAGAAGGCUGUCAACUGCUAUCGACAUGCCAUUCGUACUGAUUCGCGGCAUUAUAAUGCCUGGUAUGGUCUGGGCACGAUCUACUACCGACAAGAGAAAUUUGAGUUCGCUGAGUACCAUUUCAAGCGCGCUUUGGAGAUCAAUCCGCGCAGUUCGCUGCUUCACUGCUUCCUUGGGAUGGUUCUCCAUGCAACCCACCGCUAUGACGACGCGCUAGCCACACUUGCGGUCGCCGCGGAGUUACAGCCGCUGAAUCCUCAAGCUCGAUUCCAGCGUGCCAAUGUACUGAUCACACUGCAACAGUACGAAGAGGCUCUGGAGGAGCUUCAUGUUGUCAAGAAUUUUGCGCCGCGUGAGUCGUCCGUGCAUUUCAUGAUGGGCAAAGUGGCCAAGAAACUUGGGCGGAUCGAGGAAGCCAUGAAGUAUUUCAUCUUGGCGCUGCACUUCCACCCUAAGGACAACAACCAGAUCAAGGUAGCCAUCGACAAAAUCAACGAGCCUGACCAUGAGGACGAUGACAGAAUGUAG